GUCCUUAGAAACUGAAUGUGUGAAGUGACAGCGAAACAAACCGUCCUCAGAAACGAACAUGGCUGGCUUGUUUCUGCUCACAUUUGUCUUCGUUAAGCUGCUCCUUCAGACUCAAGGUCAAAACAUCCAUCAUGCAAAGAUUUACAGUGUAAACCGAGAGGUAGCAGAAGGUGGCAGCCUACAGGUUACCUGCAGCACUUUUGGCUAUACGACAAAGAGUGUUUAUUUAUAUCUGUGUCACAACGGUAAAGCUAUAGAGAUCAAAAAAUCGAAUCAAGCAGACGUCGCCUUUAUAAUCAACAGUAUAGAAAAGGAUAACUCAGGCAAUUACAGCUGUGUUUUCUCAGAAGAACGUUUGUUAACAACUCAAGUGACGGGAUAUGGAGAAAACCAUGUCUUCAUUCAGGUCACAGAAUCUUUGAUUCCUGCUGAGAUACGUUUGCUUAAGGCUGACGUGUCCGAGGGAAGUGAUGCCGAGUUUAACUGUUCAACAUCAAACCCUUUAAACACAACCCAGCCCAGGAAGAUGAUCCUGGCCUUUCUCUUAAAAAAUGGAAGAACUAUUCAAGUGAAUACGUGGGAUACCACGGAGACAAUGACAACAUUCACUCUCAGAAAAGUCCGGUUAGAAGAUGCUGGAACAUACAGCUGUGUUGUGAUGUUGAACAUACUCCCUCAUCCUGACAAGAGACUCUGUGGAAAAAAUGAAGUCAACCUUCAGAUAAAACAACACUCGGCAUCUGUAUCAAACAGUAACAGUGGAGAAGUCCGAUUGGCUAUCAUGUGUUUUAUCAUAUUGUUGGUCAUCAGUCUGUUACUGGGUAUUUGGCUAAUAACACAGAAGCGAGGUUUCAUUGGAUGCCUCAAUAAAAGAUGUUUGAACAAUGAGGAGCAGCUCAGAGAAACUGAAGUAGUCUAUGAAGAAGCAGGUGAAGCAGAAGCUACCGGUGAAACACAAAGCAUCUGCGAGCUCUCAGAGUGGAAUGAGUUCUCUGACAGUGAAGAAGAUCAACAUGUUUAUCAGCUAAAUCCAGACAUGGAGGGAAUAUGUGCCGAGUAUGCCACAGUGUAUCAGAGCAAUGGAUGUGAAAGUCCUCUGUAAUGUGUGUCUAUGUGAAUAUUUAACAAUAAACAAUCAUGCAGCUUUUUCUGAAUCUGGAUUUAAUGAAGUGUCUCACUUUUUUCUCUUUUCACCAUUCAGAUCAAUGAUUAGGAAAUUGCAGUAGGCCUAUAGUUUAAAUCACUAUGAGAUGUGAGCACUUUGCUAAUAUAUGUUAUGUGACAAUAUGUUGUUUUAGAAAACGUGAUCUGACAGAACUGAACUUCAGUAUGAUUAGAACUUCUGCACGAGCAGAUACACAAUGUUGGACGUGAAUCAUGUGUGUAUUCAACUCUAUCUCUACCGUCGCUUUACUUCUCACAUGAUGCAAUAUAUUCACACAUGAGAAACAAUGUGAGGGUGCUUAAAUAGAAAUCUGCUGCAGGGUGUAUGUGGUUACUGGUCAAACUAAAAUGAUUUAUAUAUUUACUACAUCGUUUCUGAGAAUCAAGGAGAGAACUACAUACUGCUGUGUGUCUAAACAAAGCUAUAGAGAACCAGCAAACAGCUACGAAAACACAAACAAGACAAAACACUGUUUCCAUUGCCAACGAAUGUGAUUGACUUACUGUUCUGGACUGCGUUUCUUUACGCUACGUCGUUCUUAAGUUAUACCUUAAGCUGUACCUUAUCAUUAAUAUGUGUUUCCCGAAACCUUCUUG